CCCGGAACCGGCCUUGGAGCUGCAGCGGAACUCUGAGCUGCUUACCCUCCCGCCCCAUGGAGCGGCCCCCGGGGCUGCGGCCGGGCGCGGGCGGGCCCUGGGAGAUGCGAGAGCGGCUUGGCACCGGCGGGUUCGGAAUUGUCUGUCUGUACCAGCACCGGGAUCUUGAUCUCAAAAUAGCUAUUAAGUCUUGCCGCCUAGAGCUAAGUCCCAAAAACAGGGAACGGUGGUGCCACGAAAUCCAGAUUAUGAAGAAGUUGAACCAUGCCAAUGUUGUAAAGGCCUGUGAUGUUCCUGAGGAACUGAAUUUUUUAAUUAAUGAUGUGCCUCUUCUAGCAAUGGAAUACUGUUCUGGAGGAGAUCUCCGGAAGCUACUCAACAAACCAGAAAAUUGUUGUGGACUUAAAGAAAGCCAGAUACUUUCUUUACUAAGUGAUAUAGGGUCUGGGAUUCGAUAUUUGCAUGAAAAUAAAAUUAUACAUCGAGACCUAAAACCUGAAAAUAUAGUUCUUCAGGAUGUUGGUGGAAAGAUAAUGCACAAAAUAAUUGAUCUAGGAUAUGCUAAAGAUGUUGAACAAGGAAGUCUCUGUACAUCUUUUGUAGGAACACUGCAAUAUCUGGCCCCAGAACUCUUUGAGAAUAAGCCUUAUACAGCCACUGUUGAUUAUUGGAGUUUUGGGACAAUGGUGUUUGAAUGUAUUGCUGGGUAUAGGCCUUUUUUGCAUCAUCUGCAGCCAUUUACCUGGCAUGAAAAAAUUAAGAAGAAGGACCCAAAAUGUAUAUUUGCAUGUGAAGAGAUGACAGGAGAAGUUCGGUUUAGUAGCCAUUUACCUCAGCCAAACAGCCUUUGUAGUUUGAUAGUAGAGCCUAUGGAAAACUGGCUGCAGUUGAUGUUGAAUUGGGAUCCACAGCAGAGAGGGGGACCUGUUGACCUCACUUUAAACCAACCAAGAUGUUUUGUAUUAAUGGAUCACAUUCUGAAUUUGAAGAUAGUACACAUCCUAAAUAUGACUUCUGCGAAGAUAAUUUCUUUUCUGUUACCACCUGAUGAAAGUCUUCAUUCACUGCAGUCUCGUAUCGAGCGUGAAACUGGAAUAAAUACAGGUUCUCAAGAACUUCUCUCAGAGACAGGAAUUUCUCUGGAUCCUCGGAAACCAGCUUCUCAAUGUGUUCUAGAUGGAGUUAGAGGCUGUGAUAGCUAUAUGGUUUAUUUGUUUGAUAAGAGCAAGACUGUAUAUGAAGGGCCAUUUGCUUCUAGAAGUUUGUCUGAUUGUGUAAAUUAUAUUGUACAAGACAGCAAAAUACAGCUUCCAAUUGUUCAGCUACGUAAAGUAUGGGCUGAAGCAGUACAUUAUGUGUCUGGGUUAAAAGAAGACUACAGCAGGCUCUUCCAGGGACAACGAGCAGCAAUGUUAAGUCUUCUUAGGUAUAAUGCCAACUUGACAAAAAUGAAGAACACUUUGAUUUCAGCAUCACAGCAACUGAAAGCUAAAUUGGAAUUUUUUCACAAAAGCAUUCAGCUUGACCUGGAGAGAUACAGUGAGCAGAUGACUUAUGGUAUAUCUUCAGAAAAAAUGCUAAAAGCUUGGAAAGAAAUGGAAGAAAAGGCCAUCCACUAUGCUGAGGUUGGUGUCAUUGGAUACCUUGAAGAUCAGAUUAUGUCUUUGCACACUGAAAUCAUGGAGCUACAGAAGAGCCCCUAUGGGAGACGGCAGGGGGACUUGAUGGAAUCUCUGGAACAGCGUGCUAUUGAUCUUUAUAAGCAGUUAAAGCACAGACCUUCAGGUAAAAAGUCAGUCCUCACGUUGUCAACGUUUGACACCAGAAUGGAGCCCUACUUGGGAGUGGUGUCAGAUGGGUACACACACUCCUGGGUUCCUGUGCUCCAGUGCAUCCAGGUCCCUGGCAGUCCUAGUUCUAAAGUGAUCAGAAGAGGACUGAAGAUUAGGAGCAGCAGGACACAGAGUUCUGCCCGGUCCCUUGUAGGAUCCAGUCUAGAAGGUGCAGUAACUCCUCAGGCAUCAGCAUGGCUGCCUCCAACUUUAGCAGAACGUGAACAUCCUCUGUCAUGCGUGGUAACUCCUCAAGAUGGGGAGAGUUUAGCACAAAUGAUAGAAGAAAAUUUGAACUGUCUUGGCCGUUUAAGUACUAUUAUUCGUGAAGCAAAUGAGGAACAGGGCAGUAGCAUGAUGAAUCUUGAUUGGAGUUGGUUAACUGAAUGACUUGCCACUUGUUCACUGUCCUCAAACCUGUGGAAUUUGUUGCUGCCAAUGUUGGAAAUUUGUUUUUCCUCCAUGAAACCAUUCUUCACAUACCAGUCAGCAGAAGAAAUGGCUAUACUCAGAAACUACACGUGGCUUUACUCUUGACUUUGAGUAAUUUUAACCCUCAAACAGGAUUUUAUGAAAAGUCAG